UCUACAAAUGGAGUGUAAACAAAAAUGAGAGCUGUUUCUUUGUUUCAGAGAACUUCAUUUCUGCUGAGAAGAAGAACAAAAGAACCGUACGCUUUGCAGCCCUCCCGUUCUUUCUGCACAUACAAUGGCGACGAGUUUAACAGUUCUAACUCCACUUCUAGGGUCAAGAUUUUUGACCGCAAUCUCAAACGCCGACAAAGGGACCGAGCUGCUUGGUUAAUGCGUCCAAAUGAUUGUUUUGUGGAUGCUGUUGCUGAGAAUCUAUUGGACCGUUUGGAGGACUGUAAGAAAACAUUUCCUACAGCAUUAUGUUUAGGGGGUUCUCUGGAGGCUAUUAAGAGAUUGCUACAUGGUCGUGGUGGAAUUGAAAGGCUCAUUAUGAUGGAUGCCUCUUAUGACAUGUUGAAAUUGUGUAAAGAUUCUCAGCAGGAUGCAUCUAAUGAACGCAUUGAAACAUCCUUUGUGGUUGGUGAUGAAGAGUUUUUGCCUUUCAAAGAAAGUUCACUAGAUACGGUGAUCAGUUGCUUGGGUCUCCAUUGGACAAAUGAUCUUCCUGGAGCCAUGAUACAGUGUAAACUGGCGUUGAAGCCGGAUGGUCUAUUUUUAGCAGCUAUUCUUGGUGGAGAAACCUUAAAGGAGUUGAGAAUAGCUUGUACAGUUGCACAAAUGGAACGUGAAGGAGGCAUCAGUCCACGGGUAUCUCCUUUGGCACAGGUGCGUGAUGCUGGUAAUCUUUUGACCAGAGCAGGCUUUGCACUUCCUGGUGUUGACGUUGAAGAAUAUGUAGUUAAAUAUAAGAGCUCUUUGGAUCUGAUAGAGCAUUUGCGGUCAAUGGGUGAAACUAAUGCUCUUCUACAAAGAAACAAUAUCCUAAAAAGAGAGACUGCUCUGGCAACUGCUGCUAUAUAUGAUUCCAUGUUUGGAGCAGAAGAUGGCACCAUCCCUGCAACCUUCCAGGUGAUUUACAUGACGGGGUGGAGGGAGCAUCAUUCUCAACAGAAGGCCAAAAGGAGGGGUUCCGCCACUGUAUCAUUCCAGGACCUCCACAAAUACUUUGGCGGUGAAAAUUAGUCUCUCUUACAUUGUAGUAUAUACCUUAAUCAAAUCUCUCUUUUUUCGUUCCAAUUGAUGACAAAAAUCUUCGAAAUAAUGUCAGGCUUUCUGAAUAGCAAAUUGAGCUGUUUCCUUGCAAGUUGAUUGUAAUUUAAGAAGUUGAUUAUCCAUUAAUUGGAAAGUAGUAUAUUUGACUUUAGUUUUCAA